CUCAUUUCGAUUUAGUAAAGACUCUAGACCCAAAUAGCUAGCCAGCUAGCCGAAGGAGGCUACCAUUUCUCCUUCUCACAAAAUUGGGUCGACAAUAAGCUGUUUCUCAAUUUUUUAAUGCAAGUAUACCACUCGUAUUAUCAGUAAACCUUUGGGGUUGACUUCUCGCCUCCCAAACGCCGCGUUGUGAAGAAACGGAAGCGUUAUAAAUUGGCUAAAUAUACCGGCUGUGCCAGCAAACUGUAGCUGGCUAACGGUAGCUAUUAGCUCCAGGACUACAGCAAGUAAGGCGGCUGGCUAGGCAACCAUUACUGUGGAAGCGGCUUUAGACCGCCGGCUGUCGAGCUACCUGUGUCACUCAAUUGCCAUAAUAGGAGGGAACGUGUGAUUGGUGGCCUAUGAGGAAGCCACGUCGAAAAGGCCAGGUGGCUGCAGGAGGUGGAGCUGAUGUCAAGAAACCCAAUGGGACUGUUGGUGGGCGUGGGGGUGCCCGCCAACGAUCCCCAUCCCCUUACAGCCUCAAAGCCUCUCCAAGCAGAGAAACCCUGACAUAUGCCCAGGCCCAGAAGGUGGUCGAGGUGGAACUGGAUGGCAGGCUUCACCGCAUCUCUAUUCUGGAGCCCUUGGAGGUCAUUACCGAUGAUGAGAUGAUGGCUCAGGACAUUAGUGAGUGUAACAGCAACAAGGAGAAUAGUGAGCAGACAUCAUCUCCUACCAGCAGUGCCCAAACAGUCCGCAAACCUGUUACACCUAGAGGUCGCAGGAAAGACUCAAAAUGUCCUCCAAUCAAAUCGCCACCACCUUCCAAGAACCACUGCCCCAAUUCACAUCCGCAAACACCUGAAAAGAUAAAUGCAUCACAUAAUCACCACAUGACCCUCCCUGAACCUAAGUUUCACAUUCUAGAAACCUUCACACCAGUCGAGGCACCUCCUCUGCCUACGGCAUAUUAUCGUUACAUUGAACGCUCAGCUGAGGAGCAGGAAGCUGAGGCAGAAUAUGACAUGGACGAAGAGGACACUGCCUGGCUGGAGAUGGUAAAUGCUGGUCGGACAUCAGAGGGAUACUCAGCUGUCUCACCAGACACCUUUGAGCUGCUGGUGGACCGGCUGGAGGAGGAGGCGUACCAGGAAGCCCGCAGUCGGGCACCCUCCCAGACCACUAUUGACGAUGAUGCCUUCUGCUGCGUGUGCCUGGAUGAUGAGUGCCUCAACAGCAACGUCAUCCUCUUCUGUGACUCCUGCAACCUGGCUGUGCACCAGGAGUGUUAUGGGGUGCCCUACAUCCCCGAGGGCCAGUGGCUGUGCCGCUGCUGCCUCCAGUCCCCUCAGAAACCUGUUGACUGUGUAUUAUGUCCAAACCGUGGUGGCGCCUUCAAGCAGACAAGUGAUGGACGCUGGGCACAUGUAGUAUGUGCCAUCUGGAUCCCUGAAGUCUGCUUUGCCAACACAGUGUUUCUAGAACCAGUGGAAGGGGUCAAUAACAUUCCCCCAGCACGCUGGAAACUGACCUGCUACCUGUGUAAGCAAAAAGGCCGUGGCGCAUCUAUUCAGUGCCAUAAGGCCAACUGUUACACCGCGUUUCAUGUCACGUGUGCCCAGCGUGCUGGCUUGUUUAUGAAGAUUGAUCCUGUGCGAGAAACAAACGUGAACGGGACCACGUUCUCUGUCAAGAAAACAGCGUUUUGCGAGGUCCAUUCGCCACCAGGACAAGAGACCGGAUCAGAUGAGGAGAGUGAAGGAAGGGUGGUGGGUAGCAGAGGGAGGGCGAGCAGAGGACGGAGUGCUUACACAGAGGGUCCUGUAACACCGAAAAAAGGCAGAAAGGCUGAAGAUGAUGCCAAGACAGAUAAAAAGAAAGGGAAGAAGAGUCCAGAGUCUCCAGCACAAGUGACAGUGCCUCAGAUCCCCACAAGCAGGCUGAAUAUCCUCUGCAAAGGAAUCAUUUUCCAGAGGAAAAACCAGUUCAUGCAGAGGCUGCACAAUUACUGGUUAUUGAAGCGUCAGUCGAGGAAUGGUGUGCCGCUGGUUCGGCGUUUGCACUCUAACAUCCAAUCCCAAAGGACUACUGAACAGCCUGAGGUGGAUGAGAAGGUUUCUGCUGCAAGAGAAGCACUGAGAUACUGGCAGAAGCUGCGGCAUGACCUUGAAAAGGCCAGGCUGUUGGUGGAGCUAAUCCGUAAGAGGGAGAAACUCAAACGAGAACAGGUUAAAGUUCAUCAGGCCGCUCUGGAGAUGCAGUUGACUCCGAUGUUGGUGCUGCUCCGCUCUACUCUGGAGCAGCUACAGGAAAAGGACACAGCCCAGAUUUUUGCUGAACCAGUUAACAUCAAGGAGGUCCCAGAUUACCUAGAGUUCAUCAGCCAGCCCAUGGACUUUUCCACUAUGCUCACUAAACUGGAGAGUCAUGCCUACCGCUCAGUUGCUGACCUGGAGGCCGACUUCAACCUGAUGGUGUCCAACUGCCUCCUCUACAAUGCCAAGGACACUGUCUUCCACCGGGCAGCACUGCGUCUUCGAGACCUAGGGGGAGCCGUACUGCGCCAUGCCCAACGACAAGCCACCAACACUGGCCUGGACCUGGACACUGGCAUGCUCCUCCCAGAGUCACCACAGAAACGAGACUUCUACAGCUGCACCUGGGAGGAUGUUGACAGUGUGCUGGAUCCAGACAACCGGCUUCAUAUGACGGUGGAGGAACAGCUGAAGGAACUGUUAGAAAAGCUCGACUUUGUCUCCUCCAUGCGAUGCAGCGGCGCCAGAACUCGACGCAUCCGCCUGCUUCGACGCGAGAUCAACAACAUCCGCUACAGGCAGGGCCAGCACCCCCGCAACAGCCUUCACAAUGGACAUCUGAAAGAAGACGAUGAGGACGAGGAUGAAGAUGACGAGGAAGAUGACGACAAAGACACCAAGGCAGACAACGGGCUUUUGUCUUUGGACAAAGAAGACCUUAAAUCCACAUCGCCUCCAACACUGGAACCUACGGGGCCAGCUCCUCCUCCACGACAAGGGGACACACCUCUGGAGCCACCCACCCUCCGGCCAAUCACAGGGGAGCCCAAGUCCUCCAGCUGGCCCUGCAAACGCCUAAAGCUCGAAGAUGACCUCUCAGACAGCACCACAGGGAACAUUAAUUGCACUAAAGCACAGGAGUGGCCGGCAUCACCGCCUCCCAUUUUGCACAGUGAAGGACAGGUGGUGGCCAACGGCCUGCCAGAGCUCAGCGCCCCCCCACGGCCAACCACCGGGGGAGUCGGACGACGAACCUCAGUGCUGUUCAAGAAGGCAAAAAAUGUAACUAAGCUGAUAAGAGAGAGAGACAGCCCGCUGCUGAAUGGAAAGGGGCUGCAGGACGACAGUACAAGCAGCACCCCAACAGCACCCAACUCUGCAACCAGUACCCCAUCCUCUACACCCUUUUCCACUCCAUCUAAGACCCCCCAGAAAAGUCCAGGACCCCCUGCACUCAAUGAAAAAUGCAGCUCCAUUCAUGACAUGUCAGAUAAUGAGCUGGAGAAGACACCAAAUCAUACACUGGAAAGUGGACUGACCAAUGGCUUCAUCAAGCACAAAGACGGCGGGUCCGACUCAGAAUACAGCCCUUGUCCAGUGCUCCACAAAGAAAUCAGCUCACCACCCAAACGAAGCCUCGGGAAACCUGCUCUUUCCAAGGUUCCCUUCCUGGAGAUAGUUAAUGGAGACUCAGAUUACACCGGCCAUAUCAGCCAAGUGUCUGAGGAUGAGACAGAGCUGGAACCUCUAGAACUGGUGUGGGCCAAAUGUCGGGGAUAUCCCUCCUAUCCUGCUCUGAUCAUCGACCCAGAAAUGCCCGAAGAGGGCCUGCUGCACAACGGGGUGCCCAUCCCUGUCCCACCCAAAGAUGUCCUCCGUCUGGGGGAGCAGAGGCAGGAGGAGACCAAUGAGAGGCUCUACCUGGUGCUCUUCUUUGACAACAAGCGGACAUGGCAGUGGCUCCCACGUGACAAGGUGACACCCUUGGGUGUGGAUGACACGGCGGACAAGCUGCGCAUAAUGGAGGGUCGCAAGUCCAGCAUCCGCAAGUCUGUCCAGGUGGCAUAUGACCGAGCGAUGAUCCACCAGAGCCGAGUCAGCCACAGUCAAGGCUUUGUGACCUCCAACUACUUGUAGAGGGCGACACUGAGCCCUGCGUGCACCCACAGCCAGCCACUAUGCAUUUUUCUCUGGUCUUAAAGCGGCAGGUGGGCCGAGUCUUGCUGCCAGUCAAAUCUGUAUUCACACUGUGGUCUGGAGAGGUUGCUGUGGCAGCACACAGUCCUGGACUGAAGUCUGUUACCAAACCACUAGUGUCUGACGUACAGAGCAGUGGCGUUUGCCCUCGUGUCGUCGUUGUGGACGUGGAGCUCCAGAUGUGAAUGAAGUUCCCUUUAGGUCCCAUGUUGCUGCAGUCAGUAAGCAUUGAUUCCCUGUUCAGGGCUGUAUCGAGGUAUCUGCUUACUCCACCUGGAUGUGUUGAAGCUGUGUGUGUCUGGAUCAGAUGUAAAAGAAUUCCCCUCUAUUUUGUAUAAUGCUACUGCCAAGGAAUCAAAUUGUCAGAAAAGAGAUUUGACAUAUUUAUGUGAGAUGCAGAAGACGUAUGAAUGGAUCACUGCCAUCUUUUAUACAAUAGCUUUUUACAUUUUAAUCUUUUACAAAGACACUUGUAUAUUAUAAAGGCACACUUUGUGUACAUAUGUAUGUGUAUUAUCAAACCCGAUUUAAUUAAUUUAAUGUUGCUGUUUUUAAAAUGCGUAUUUCAAUCAACCCAUGAGGGGGCAAAGCGAGGCUGUGUAUAUUUGUGGAGAUGAAAUAAUUCCUGACUUGCUACGUAGCUCGUCUUUGAUGUAAUUUCAUUGUGCUGUAUUUGUGUGUGUGUGUACAUCCAGAGCAUACAACACAAUGAGCCAUUGUUCUUUAUAUUUGAAUUCUCUUUUUGAUACAGAGAGAAAUAAUUUAUUUAUGGAAGACAGAAUUAUAAAAAUAAAGCUAUAUUGGUUAAAGUGGAGAAUUAAAUCUUAUUUAAAACAAAUGGAGUGAGGUUUUAAAAACAUGCAGCCAACAUUUUAACAGAUUACUUCAAGUUAGGUUUGAUGUUGAUGAAUUUAUUCAAGACCAACCACCAUUAUUCACUGUCAACCCCCAGAAGAUUCUAUUUAUUGUCCAGAGCCCCAUUUUAUCAAAUGGAAAAAUACACCUUUAUAAGCUUGUACUACCUGCGUAUUUUACCUGCUCACCAAAUAUUUUGUCUGAACCAGUAUUUCCCUGUUUUGGGAAAUAAAUGCUCUAUUAAAACUUUUGGGAUACUUAA